CCAGGGCUGGUGAAAUUCCAACAUGGCAGUGGCUGUGGUCAGUGCUCGCCGCGAUAACUUGGGAUGCUUUCGUCUUGUGCGCAGCCCGGCGUAACACCCCUCAAUCUGUCCGCAUUACGCGCUCCAACCCGGGCGUCGAUGCGACCCUGAACACCCCCUCACCCACCCACCCAUCUUCCCCAGCAGCACGAGAGAGGUCGACCCGUCGCCAGGAGGAGAAAAGCAGCACGACAUGAUCAGCAGCAGCAGCGUCUAUGGCUUAAAGAUGCAGUGGACCCCCGAGCACAGCCAGUGGGCCGAACAGCAUUUCGACAUAUCCUCCACCACGCGCUCGCCAGCCCACAAGGCUGAGGCCUACAGGGCGUUGCCCGGCCACCUGCAGCGCUCCACCGCCUACCAGUAUGCCUGGGCCAAUGACGACAUCUCAGCCCUCACCGCCUCCAACCUGCUCAAGAAGUAUGCUGAGAAGUAUUCUGGCAUUCUGGAGAUGCCGGGCGGAUAUUCCGAGGCCCCUGGAGUGAUGAACGGGCGUAAAGGGGAAUCGGAGCCCUGGCAGGAUGGCGUCUACCCCAUGAGCUGCAUCCCAGAGGGGGUUUCGGUGAGGAAAGGAGGGGUGGCGGCGGCCUCGGAGGUGGUGUCUGGUAUGUGCAGCUCCCCUGGCCUGGCCUCCAGCACCCUGAGUGAGCCCAGCUACUCCAGCAGCAGCUGUGGGAGCCACAGUGCCACUGCCCUCCACUCCUCCUCCAUGGCCUCUCAGGAAUACGGCCCGGCGUACAGCGGAUCCUACUUGCACAGUAGUUACAGCUCCCAGUCUGCCCCGACCCCAGCUCUCCCCUCCCCGCUGCACAGUUCUGGGCUCCUGCAGCCGCCCCCUCCACCGCCCUCCCACCCCACAUUAGUCCCAGCUUACAACGGAGGCUCCCCCAACUUGUCUAGUUAUAAUUACCCCCCAGCAGGCUACCCAGCUCAGAGCUCAGUCGGGCCGGGAUACAGCCCUGGGGGAGCACCCCCUCCCUCCUCAUACCUCCCCUCAGGCAUCGCUGCACCCACACCACUCCCCCCCUCUUCUACUUUACCUGGAUACCCAUACCAGAGCCACAACCUGACCCCAAUUGCCCCAACCCCUCUCAGCAGUAGCUCCUCUAACUCACUGAAGAGGAAAGCCUUCUACAUGACAGGCCAAGGAGAGAUAGACUCCUCUUAUGCUAACUUUGCUUAUGGUCAGUCUCGGAGCUCUGCUGAGAGCCCCAUGUACAGGAUAGCAGACAGCAGCAGUGCAAAUGGAGGCACCGGUGGUGGUGGCUUUGACAGGAGCGCUGAAAAGUCCUCUUUACCUUUUAAUCCUCAGAAACAGUCCACGAUGUCGUCCGAGCAGAGGAAGUACAGCAGUCAGGCAGCAGGUGGGCCACUGACUCCCCCGGCCUACGGCUCCUCCACCCUGGGGGGUUCCCGCUCAGCUGACUCCCUCGCCGGCUUCACUUCGCCCUCCCUCAGCGAGCAAAGUGCUGAAGACCACCGUCUCCACCUCUCCCACUCAGCACCAGGGCCUACCUCCUCCUCAUCCUCGUCCUCCCGACAUGCUGAGGAGCAGCUAAAAAACAGUGACCCUCACCUCCUCGAUAUGGUGACCUCUGAGAUCGUCCAGCAGGGCCCCCCCGUAGAUUGGUGUGACAUCGCAGGCCUAGAACUGGUGAAGGCAACUCUGAAGGAGGAGGUUCUGUGGCCCAUUCUCCGCCCGGACAUGUUCAGCAGUUUAGGACCAACCCCACGAUGUCUGUUGCUGUUUGGCCCCAGGGGCAGCGGCAGGACGUUGCUGGGUCGCUGCCUGGCCAGCCAGCUGGGGGCGCCAUUCCUGCAGCUCAGUGGUUCCACGUUGGCCACCAAGUGGUUGGCUGAUGGAGAAAAAAUUAUCCGAGCAUCGUUUCUGGUGGCGCGCUGCCGGCAGCCAUCAGUACUGUUCAUCAGUGAGGUCGACAUGCUGCUGUCAGCCCACCUCAGUGAAGAGAGUCCCAUCAACCGGCUGAAAGGAGAGCUGCUCGGCCAGCUGGACUCGCUGCUCAUGGGCUCCGGUGAGGACGGAAGCAACCAAGUGCUGGUGGUUUGCUCCACAAGUCGACCCCAGGACAUGGACGAGGGGCUGCGCAGGUACUUUGCUCGAAGGGUUCUGGUUCCCCUGCCGGAUAGCGCGGCCAGACACCAGAUUGUGACCCAGCUCCUGGCCCAAUCUCAGCACAAAUACUGCUUGAGCGAGGAGGAGCUGGCGCUGCUGGUCCAGCGUACAGAGGGUUUCUCCGGACUGGAUCUGGCCAGACUCUGCCAAGAGGCCCUCGUGGGUCUGCUACAUGUCUCUGCACAGGGCAUGGACAUGACAGGGAUGAUGUCCAGGGGACAGAUCAGGCCCCUCACCUACCAGGACUUUGAGAGUGUCUUUUGUAAAUUCCAGGCCAGUAUAUCGCAGAAAGAGAUUGACACAUACACUGAGUGGAACAAAAUGUUCGGCUGCAGCCAGUGAAAAGAUAGAUUCCGCCCUUGAGAAAACGAGGCAUCCCCAAUUCCUUUCCGCAGGGCAGACGCAUUGUGCUGGAGGGGAAGGCAUGCAGGAGGCCAACACAAGCCCACCGAGUUCUCACAAACAGGGUUGAGACGCUCCAAGAGACCUGAUCUGAUGAGACAACUGGCAGUUUCGCGGUUAAUGAGCAAGUUUUAAUUUGAAUGCUUGACACUCCAGAAAGCCGGGCAUUGUUUACACAUUGCAAGCGAGUUGGCUCCAGAAGAAAGAUGCCCCAGUGUCUGUAUAUAUAUCGUUAUGUUCUUGUUCUUGGAGUUUUGUUUGGCUAUCCAAGUGCCUGAAGUGGUGCUUUCUGAUUUCCUUUCUUUAUUGGCCUCACAAUCUACAUUCAUGGCAUGAGCUGAUGAUUAUUAAGAGCUUUAACACUUCAGCAGUGAGUCUGAACAACAGAGAUUGACAGUGGCCAUUGCUGGUGGUCAAUCAUUCUUUAUUGUCUUGCUAAGAGCAGUAAUCCAUCAGAACGGCAGUCGUCUGGGCUCGUACUCAUCUCUUCUGAUCCUUUGUCUGCAAAACAAACAAACGUUACAAACAAAACUCAGGAAAGCGUUUGUGAAUUGUACAGUACCUCGAGUUAUCCUGACGAAAAAGCACUAAGAUCCGAGAGGGGAGUCCACGGCAGUUUAUGUCUAGCGAAGCAGUGUUAGGUGUACCUCAGCUGGCUAGGAUAAAUAGCAAAGAGAUGACAAUGAAUGUACUAGAUAUGUUCUGGAUUGACAAAAUCGGCACUGAGAGUAAAACCAUAAUUUCUUUCAGAUCUUUCCCUCCCAGCAGCUUCUUUAGUUUCUUCUCCACCAGUCCUGAAAUUUUAAAACAGUGUUGUUUGGGGGUUUUAAGCGACGAGCAGGUUUUAGGGGUGGUGGGAGCUGUAUAUUUAUCAAAACACCCAUAAUCAUCACUGUUUAUAUUUAGCGAGCUAGACUCUAUGGUUGGGUUCUGUCAGUCAGCUAACGUCUGCACAAUUACCUCAAACAGCUCAUUUGUCAUGUGGUUUAUCAGAGGACGAUGGAGGAACCUGAUAGAAAAACUCUUCCGGAUGAACUAAAGGAAAGGUUUGAGGAAUAUGCUCUUUUGCUUUCUUGCCUAUGAAAUCAGAUGAGAAGGUUGUUACCUCUUCAUCGUCUGUAAUUCUUCUAUAAAAAAGAAAACUCAAAUCCACCUCUGACAGUUUAAUUUGUACCAACCUGUACUGGAUGAGCCGCUAAGCUACAGGCUGCUGUUUGGCUCAUUACAUUUAAAGGACAUAUAAGAGCUGUAUCCAAUUUUUUUUAUCUUUUUCUGAGCAAGAAAGUAAAAAGUAUUUCCUGAAAUGUCAAAGUAAAUUCUAAUUGGAUUUAAAAUGAAAUGUUUGGCUUGAUGUCAUGUUAAAAAUGGAGCAUGAGGGUCACUUAAAGGGGGGGAAAUGGAGAUUUCGAGAACUACGUCGUAUUAUUACGUCAAUUAAGUUGUAAUUUUAGGCUACGUGUCAUUUCAGUGGAGGAAUAUCGUAAAGCUCAGUCUGUCGUCUGUGUUAAAGUGAGGAAUGUGAGUUGUAUAAGUUUCACAAAUAACACAAAUGUUUCCUCCUCCACAAAAGAGGCAAUUUCCUCCAUAUCUGUGUGGUUCUUUCUUCACAAUAGACUCAGUUUGCUGAUAUCUGCGUGAUAUUCAAAGUGGUUCUGAAGAAACAAGAUUGAUAAUAAAGAUUUUGGAUCCAGAUUAUGACCUUUAUUCUCAUAAUAUCAUAACAUUAUUCUCGAAAUCUCAGCCCUCAAUAUGUCCCUGAUACUCCAUCAUUCAUUCUGUAUUGGAAACAGAAUAAUAAUCCUCAAGCAACUCCACAGUUUUGUUGAAGUGAGCUCUUGAUAUUCUCCCAAGUUUGAUUUGAAAGGUAUCUAGUUGUGAAAGUAUGUGUUGCUCACACUGCUUAUCUGUACAUGAAUUGGAUUGGUUACAGAAUGGGAUUCCACUCCUGUUAUUUUAAUCACACAUCCAUCCAGUGCAUGUCCCUCAUGUCUAUAAUUUUCUACAAGUGUGGAAAAUAGAAAAUCAAGAGUAAAUUACUGUUUUUGCCAGAGGUCAAGGGGUCAUUUGAUCAUAGCAAUUUUCACUGACCGAUAUUUCCUGCAGUGCAUUUAGUAUUAUUAUUGUCACAGCCAUGUUAUUGUCCGACCAGGAGGUACAGACGCAGUUAGCACAACAGUUUGAAAACUUUAAUCAAAGGAUGUUUUGUCCAGAACGAAGGCACCAGACUAACUAAUCCAACCCAUGUAACUUUACUGUCAGUUUUCUCACUAUAUCUACACAGAUGACAUAAGAGCACAUAGUCUAAGUGCAUUUUCAGUUCACUGAAAGGCUUUGUAACAUGAGUGGGUCAUUUUUUGGCACUAGUCUUGAAGUCCCUUAUACCUGAAGGUUAUCUGUUGCCCAUUGUAUUGCAUCGGAAUGUAUUUUUGUCUCCUCCUUGUCCAAGAAACUGUCCUUGAGCUCUUCUCUUGUGGCAUGGGAGUAAUUAUGAUAGUUUAUCGUAUGUGCACUAAAUGAGUUUUCGUGUAAUAUUGAAAUGUCUCGACGUCUCACUGACAGCACUUGCUUUUUUGUUUUUUUUUCCUGAAGGAGAUUCUGUUUAUUCAAACCAAUGAUCAGCUUUGUGCAUCUCUUUUAUUUCAAAUAUCUCUGUCAAACUAGCCACAUAGAGUGAACAUGUGCACAGGCCCAGUCUGCGUUUGCUAUCUCCAGCAUGGGCAGCGUCAGUGCAGCACCUGAUGUGUGGGGGGAAGAAAAAAAAAAAAGUUCUGCUGAGCGUCAGCAGAAUUGACGGAAAGGAAAGACAGCCAGGCGGCGUGGCGGCAGCACAAGGGGAAAGCAGAGUGGUCCGUCAGAAAACCACCCUCAAAACAAUCUGUACCAGAAUUCCUUCUGUCAGCAAAUCCUCUGGAGAGACAGUCCCUUCAGAUAGAAAAAACGACUAAUGCACUUCAGAGCACACAACAGCAGCACAGGCGUUCUCUCUCAGCCCGCAGCAGACGAGCAGACGAGCAGACCACUCCAAACACACAACGCUACGCUUGUUUGCUCCGUGUUUUGUGGUCAGUUUGAAUCCAGCUCUUAUUCUUUUCUUUUUUACUUUUUGGGAAAAAAAACCUUUUUUUUCCUCAUACGGACGCUAGAGUUCUUUGAAGCAUUUCUACCUCAUGGCUACAAAACACGCGUGGUAUUUGAUUUACGUCUUUCCAAAUGUCGGACAUUUGUGAAAAAUGCAUCGAGAAAAAAACACAAAAAAAGCGAAGUGGAGAGAGUCACACCAUGAAGUUUUUGCGCAGUCUACCUCAGAUGACUGUACUUAAAACAAAUAGGUGAUGUUGCAACCACAGGCUGCAGCAUAGCCAAGUGUGCGCGUGUGUGUGACAACACUAAUACACAUGGCGACAACACUGAAACACACUCACAAGUGAUUUGUGAGGGAGGAACACUCGGGGUCGACUUCACGCUGACCCCGGAAAUGUAUAAUCCAGUACAUUUGCUUUAAUCUUUUGUGAACUACUGUUGUUGUGCGCGUGUGAAUGUGUAUAUACGUGGGCACACUCUUCUUUUCUUUAUUUUUUAUUCUUUAGUGUGUUGAAUUUUAUAAAUUGUUAGUAUAUAUAACACACUUGCACAACUUUAAACCAGAGUGUAACGUGUUUUCUGUUGUACAUACCUAUACAUACAAUACAAAUGCACCACUUGUUUAUAUGUGUGAAUAUGUUGCCAUACUUGCAGUCGACUUAAAUGUAUUUUCAUGUAAUCUGAGGUACAAGCAGCAACAAACGAUUCAUUAAAGACAUUUUCUUGGGAGAUUA